UGUUUGAUUGAUAUAUGGAAAUCAGCCAAUAUUAGUAUUCCAAAUGGAAAACUAAUUAUUAUAUCAUGUCCUGAUAAACGCUUACUACUAUUAUCACCACAAUACGGAAGCUCAUUUGUGAAUAACUUCAUACUACAACAUUAUGAUGUCAAUGCACGUAUAGUUGAACAUGCACUAUACAAUAUUGAUUCACAUAAAACAGGUUGUGUAGUUAUUAGAUCAAAACGAAACGAUGUCCUACCAUUAGCUAUCGUAAAAUCUAAACAUGUAACAUGGACCUUAAUGGUUGAUAACAGUUAUUCAUACCGUGGUGUUGUUCAACCUAGAUUUAUCGAUUGUACUAAACUAUAUAAUCAAAUGCUAAACAAAUAUAGCGUUAAGAGUAUUGAACCUUUACUAACGUUGCAUGCAUUAAGUGGUUGUGAUUAUUCAUCCUCUAUUCGAAGUGUGACAAAGCUAACCUUGUUUAAUACAUAUUUUAACAAUUCAAACAAAUAUCGCUAUAUACAUCAGCUUAUUACGUCGUCCCAUAAUCAAGUUAUUCUACGUAGUUGUGAACAACUGAUAUUAGAUGCAUUGAAAUCACCAUAUCCAACUUUUGAUGAACAUCGUUCUGGUAUAGCUGGAAAGUCAAGAAAAUAUGAUGAGUUCAAUAGUUUGAACCUAUUACCCCCAACGUCAGAUGCUGCUUAUCUCCAUUUCAAAAGAGCAUCGGUUGCAUUAAAUUUAUGGACGAGACAAGCACAACAAACAAUCUGCCUCUCAAACGGGUUUGAAAUUAACAAUGGUCUUUUGCAAAUCACAUGGAUAAAGAAAAAAAUUGCACCUGAACCACUAUUAACAACAUCCUGUUCAUGCACAAUUGGCAAAUGUACAAACUGUUCGUGUGCAAAAAAUAACGUAACAUGUGUUCAAAAUCAUUGUAAAUGUGCUCAAGGUACAUGUGGUAGAAGAUGA